AAAUGUGGGAAACAGUCUGGGUUGAAAAUAAUGUAGAAAACAAAUUGAUUAUAAAAAAUUGUUGUUUUAUCAUAGCAUUGUCAUCAUGUGACUUGCUUACAUAUGCAAUAUAGACCAAUACAGUACAUAACCUAAAAAUAUUAUGAACAUCGUUAAGCAACUGAAACGAAAAAUGUCGACACUCAGUUUAGCGCUAGUACAGCUGGAAGUUAACCAAGUCAAAGCUAACAAUAUAGAGCGAGCAAUUUCUUAUAUUUCAAAAGCGAAACAAAAGAACGCUGAUAUUGUUGCGCUUCCAGAAUGCUUCAAUUCUCCAUAUGGCAUACAAUAUUUCCCAAAAUAUUGUGAAACCAUUCCUGACGGCGUAACAAGCGCAGCUUUAUCGAAAGCCGCUAAAGACAAUAGCAUUUAUGUGAUUGGUGGUACAAUACCUGAAAAGGCUGGUGAUAAGUUGUACAACACCUGCACCGUGUGGGAUCCUAAAGGAGAUCUGGUAGCGGUGCAUCGGAAGGUACAUUUGUUCGAUAUCGAUAUUCCUAAUAAAAUUACUUUCCGCGAGAGCGAAGUACUCAGCUCUGGUAGCUCUUUGACGACGAUCGAAGUGAAGGGUUGUAAAAUAGGUAUCGGCAUUUGCUACGAUAUUAGGUUCGAGGAAAUGGCUCGAAUUUACCGGAACAAAGGUUGCCAAAUGCUGAUAUAUCCGGCUGCAUUCAAUAUGACCACUGGACCAUUGCAUUGGUCAUUACUUCAGCGUUCCAGAGCGAAUGACAAUCAAUUAUAUGUCGCGUGCAUAUCACCAGCUCGUAGUCCUACGGCCGAUUACAUCGCCUGGGGUCAUACGCAGUUAACGAGUCCCUGGGGUGAAAUCCUUCACGAUCUAGAUACCCCGGAAGGGAUGGUCGUCGCCGAUAUUGAUCUGAAGAUUGUGGAGGAAGUAAGGGCUCGGAUACCUACGUUCUCUCAAAGACGUACCGACUUAUACGAAACCAUUUAUAAAAAAUGUUAACACAGUAAAACGCAAAGCAUUUUUUAAAUAUAGGGUAACGCUUUUGCGUAUAUUUCACUCACAUGUAUGUCAUUCAGAAAUUAUAUACUUCUUUAUUUUUCACAAUUCUUUAUUUAUAUAUGUAUGUAAAGGUAGAUAAUAUAUUAAUAAAA